CUGUUGCCCAUUUGCUCUGGAAAUGAUGACCACACCUACUGGUCAAAAGGAGUGAAUUGCACCUCCAAUGGAAGCCAAUAAUAAGUUUCAGAGAUCAUCCAGGGCUUUGCCUCAUCUGCUGUAGCUGAGAUGUCCCUGGAGGACAAAGAACAACAAGACUAUGAUGUUUCUGACACUGAGACGGUCAGAGCCUUGUCCCAGCCUCCAGACCUGCCUGUCUGUGUGGUGGAUGACACCCUGCCCUCUGAAGCUGUCAAUGAGAUGAAGCAGAGCAGUACUGUGGAAACCACAGAAGAGGAGAGCCUCAACAGUGUGAAAAAUCUUGAGUAUUUUCCACUGAUUAUCAACUUCCUGCAGAACCUAACUGAGGAGCAAUGGAGUGCGAUUCGUGAUGGCAUUUAUGACCCGCUGACAAAACAACAGCUUGCCGGCUUGUGUCUGAGGAUCGUCCAGUUUUUAUCGGACAAGCUGAUGCAGAUCAUCAUCCCAGGCCUUUACGAACUACUGGGCAUCCAAGAUGCUGCCACCUCUCCAUUGUCACAGAGCUCUCUCACAGCAUCAGUCACCAGUCUGGAGGACGAUAAGGCUAACACCAAGUCCCGUGUGAGAUUUACUGAGGCUGGUGUACCUAAGAGGCGAGGCAGUCGAAAGUCUUCCACUAGCUUUCGCAUCCCGACUCCCUACCCUUCCUCCAACUGUAUGGAGCAAGAAGAUGAAGAAGAACAGCAGGAAUCACAACAAUUGAAGUUCAAGGAGAUUUACCUGACUAAGGAGAUACGCAGUCUGGGCAGCGGAAGCUACUGCCCAAAACCAUUGCCCAUGCCGGCCAUGAGGUCUCAAACCUCUCUGUCUGAGGUGCAGAAGAAGGCAACCAACUCUGAGCUACAAGUCAUUUUAGGUCUCUCAGAGGACACCCUCGUCACCUGUGUGCAGGACAGCCUGCAAGGGUCUCUCUCCAAACUUGCAUGCGUAUCUGAUUCUCCAUCUGGAAGCGCAGGCUCUCCGAAGAUGACCCCUGCUGUAAUGGCAGAAGUGGUUAAAGAUGUCAAGUCGGCCGUUUCAGUGGCCAUUAAGAGUGUCUCCACAAGCCAAACCUCUCUAGUGACACCUGUAAGGGGAGACUCACAGACCAAGGUGACUGAGGGCAUGGUGAGAGACCUCGCAGCUAAACUUGAAAAAGUUGACCAAGAGAGCAAGAGUCUAACAGGGCAGGUCAUGACCACCAUCUCUGACACAAUGGUGGUUUUUGUUGACGAGAACGAACAGGAUUUGCUGGGAGAUCUGAAGGACAAGAUCACGUUUUUGGCAUCGCAUGGUGGCUUCAUUGACGAUCUUGAUGCCCUGAUAAGGAAAUACGAGAGCAGCCACAAUAUUAGUGAAUCUGGAUCCUCCUGCACGCUCAUGUCUAAGAGCAUCCAAAAACUAUCUAGCCGGGAGUUUCAAACAUCAGCAAUGCAAGCAGUGAGUGGAGUUAUUUUCAAAAAAGUCAGUAGUUUGAGCUUUCCUAGUUCAGUCGUUCAGUCCGAGUUAACAGGUGCUGUAGCAAGUCAAACAUUGUCUGGCAUUGUAAAGACAGAGUCAAUUCACCCAGUGGGCUCAGCAGCUUCAGUAGUUGUUAAGGCUUUCGUGUCAGAUAUGAAGUCCUUGGCCGAGUCUGAAGAGAGUCCCCAACAGAAGAAUGGCUGGUCUGCUGCUGUUCACAUCUACCACAGCAUCCAAAACAACUUGAAUGAUUAUUUUAGCAAGCUUCAGAGAUUUGCCCUGAAGAGCACUGUCACAUCUGAUGACAACACCACACAUGCUGAGUGUAAGGAGACAGUUCCUCUUCAAUGCCUGGACAGAAGAUAUAGGCCUAGCAAGAGUGAGCCUCAGUUGCCAGAGUCCACUGGUGAAGUUACUCUACGGAGGGGCCUAAGUGAAAGCUCAAAACUUCUUUGGGCACAAACUGACUCAGAGGAAAACAAGCUCCUUCUGACAACUUGCACCAAAGAAGUCAUCUCAGAGCUUCUGGUCUUGUACAACACUGAGAUGUCAAAUGAGGACCACCCAUCCACUGUUGGAGAAAAAGGAUCAGACUUCUCUAUUGAGAGAGAACAAUUUGUAGAGGGUGUUCUGGCUCAGCUUGGGGAUAUCUCCCAUUCCAGGGCCACAUCACCAAUAGUAUGUGAGUUCCCCUCUGAAAUUGAGGACAUCAUCGGCAGCAAGGCCACAGCUUCUUUGACCAGUCUGUUAGAUUGCAUGAAGAAACUCUCAAGUGAGGAAUUCAAGAGAAACGCCACUCAAGCAGUGAGUGAGUUCCUAGUUAAAAAGUCCACUAGUAGCUUAACUAGUGCACAGCCUGCUUAUUCUGUAGCGUCCAGGUCUGGUUCCAUUCAAAACCAGUACACAUGGUCAAAGGAUAUUUGUGCGGAUUCUGCUGCCUUUGGCAUCAUUGACACAUUUGUGGAAGACCUGAAGAACUUGGCACAACCCUCAGAGGUAGAGCAGAGAGAACCUGACCUCUUGGAAAAUGCACAAAAGCUACAGAGCAGGAUCUGGUCUGCUACCACUAGCUUAUAUAACAACAUUAAGAAGACACUAAAGGACUUCACCAUUCACCGGCGGAGGUCAGACAUGCAGAGCAGAAUGUCCAGCCGUACACCCACAGAGGACUCUGGACAUCUUGGGACAGAGGAGUACCUUGGUUUGGCAAGCCAGGACUUGAGGCAAGCUAGAAAGAGUGUGCCUCACUUUCCCAGUUUGAACCAUGAAGUGGCUCUACACAGGGGUGUCAGCGAGAGUUCAAAACUUCUCUGGACUGAAAUAGACGAGGCGCUAAUGACCAAUAGUACCAAAGAGCUCAUUACAACAAUCUUGACCUCAUGCGAGGACGAGAUAUCAAAUGAACCUUUCUCCUCCACAGUAGGAAAGAAAAUAUCUGAUAUGUCCCUUGCGGUCAACGUGUUUGUAGGUGGUGUUCUGUCUCAGCUGAAGGACAUCUCCUUGUCAAGGUCCCCAACACCAUGUGAAGACAUGUUUGAACGUCUCCAAGAUUCUCUUGAGCGAACCUCUCCAGUAAGUCCAGGUGGCAGCACGACAACCUCCAAAGGCAUUGCAUCUUCCCAUAGUCUUUCAGCAAAGAGCCUCCAGAAACUAUCAAGUCAUGAGUUCCAAACCAAAGCUGAGAAAGGAGUGAGUGAGGUCCUCUCAUUUAACAUUGUGGAGGAAGGUAAAACAGAUAAGCACCUCCAGUCUGUAUCUACAUCCACCGUCUCUACUGAUAUUAUACAAACCAUGGUGAAAGACCUGCAGGAGCUCCACCAGAACACCCAAUCAUCUGACAUGGUAUCUGGCACCUCCCUGCUCACCACUGGACAGGUUUCUGAGAAAAGGAUCUGGUCUGUUGCUUGUAACAUCUACCACAGUCUGCAAAGUAAGAUUAAGGAGUUUCUCAGAAAAGAUCUUCAAAGAUCAGACACAACACUUGGUUCAAUCAAAAUUUUUACAUAUCAAAGCAGUUCUGCAUCACAAAGAGCUAGUCUCGGCCAUCUUGAGGUCAACCAGAGCAGUGUUACACCUGGUGGAAAAGAUGCCUGUGUGGACAUUCCGUAUGAAUUACUACCUAAAAUCAUGUCCUCAGAAAAGGUCUUAACGACCACUGAGCUCUCAGGAUCCAUGCUGGAGGAUAUUGGCACGAUCCGCUGUAGGAGUGCUGACAGCCAAAAGACAAGAAAGACCUCUUCUUCACGCUCCUCCAUCUCUCCAACACCUACUUCAAAAUCAAGGCAGUCAGAAUGGAACUUUGCUUUACCCGGUACUCCCAUCCCCACUGAGUUGCCUGCUCAGAGUGAAUGUCCCAUUAUAAGAAACACGAUCAUUGAGGACUUCUUUCACACAGAGGACUUACUUCCCCCGCCCUUUGUGGACAAAGUCAGGCAAGUUGCUGGGGUGGUAGUGGACAAAAUGGUGGAAAGUGUUGAAAACACACAGGAAGAUGGACAGGAUGCUUCUCAUCCUGUCGACCUCCGAUCUGCUGUUAGGAAAUUGAGAAGAAGAAUUUCCACUGGGACCAUCCACAUUUUCACUCAUGAAUUUGUGGAUAAAGUGAUAGCCAUUCAGGACAGCCACAGCACUCCACAGGUCCUAACAUUGGCAGCAGCCAAAAGUUCUUCUGACUCCAUUCUUUCAAGGCUGAAAUGGGGACAGGAACAAUGCGCCGUAUCCAGGAAGCUCUCCUCUCAGCUUCUCCAGAUAUUUGCUGAAGAGACAGUGAGGGGCUUCCUAAAACAGGGGUCAGAUGAGUAUGAAAAUAUAAACUUUGAUGUUUUAGUCCAGAAUGAACCAAGCACCUCUACAUGCAUUGACAUUCCUAUCCAACUCAAUCAGAGCAAGCCAGAGGAUAGUGACACAAUGAAUCAGCUCAUCAAGGCUUUGGUCAACAAAAUGAUGGACGCGUUAUCACAUGGCUCAGAUCAUCAAAUGAUCACCAAAGCCACUGCCAAAUGUUCCUUUGAUUCCGGUACUAGCAUGGCCACCAGUGACAUUGUAGAAGGGGUGUUGGAUUUGGUAAGGGAUACCACCAGCAGUACUGGAGAGCAGAUCCCCAUCUACAAGGCCAAGAAAAGCAAGAAGGCCAAGUUUUGCAAGAUAUGCUCUAACACAAAGGGUUCCAAGGAAGUUAGCAAGGACCUCUGUCCCCAAGAGUCUACGGAGCACCAGCCUCAGAACACUUCCCCUGAUGUAUACUUUACAGAGUCGAUGACAGAUUCUCAUGGCUGCUUGGCUCCAGAGGGAAAUUAUGACAUUGCAUCGUCCUUCCCAGUUGAAGACGAGAGUCGCAAACCCUCCCUUCUCACCAGAAUGUGUAGAGCCAUCACUAGAGGCUUCUCCAACCCAAGAAAAUACAAAUAAUGUAAUGUCAUUAUUUUCCUCAUUAAAUGAGACUGCAUUCA